AUGUCCUUCGCCGCACCCUCAUCCGGCCCGUCAUCCUCCUCUGCCGCCGCACCUCCACCUGCAGAAGAAGAAGAAGCCGCCCCAGCACCUGCCGCCAAGACACUCUUCACCCUGAAACUCGAGUCCUUCGAGGCGACAUCAAAACCCAAGAUCAUCAAGGAGGUGAAGUCGAUGCUGGGCCUGAGUUUGGUGGAUAGUAAGAAGUUUGCAGAGAGCGCACCGAAGGUGUUGAGGGAGGGGGUACCCAAGGAGGAGGCGGAGAAGAUGGUUAAGACGUUUGAGGCGUUGGGCGGGAAGGUGUCGAUGGAAUGA